UUGGUUUUUGUAUUUACUAUUAUUCUUUUUUUCUUCCAAAUUAUUUUUCUGUAAGUUUUAUCAAGCUUUAACAUGAAUGUUGUGUUUUUAUCAGUUAUUGUUUGGUUUUGGUUUUGCAUGAGCUUUGGUUUGAUUAUCCUAUUAUUUAUCUUAACUUUUCCUUGUGUGCUUUCACUUUUUGAUUGAUUUUGAGUUUCAGUCAAACUGUUUUCAGAAUGCCACAUACCAUUUUGUUGAUUCAACCAACAACUCAAUCAAAUUCAAGAACUUGGUCAGAUUAUGAAACACAAGCUGCAAGUUUGGAUGGUCAGUUUUUUCAAUUCAAAGGCUUCAAACCGAAACUAUGUCUUUCCAGCGAUUUGCAAAAUUUUCGAAACUUUUGCUAGAAAUAAACUGCCAGAGAAUGCUGAAUUCACUUUUGAUAUCAAUCAAGUUUUUGAAUUUCUUGACAAACUCACCGAUAUUUCGAUGAUGAUUUUCAAUGCUGUAAGUGCCAACAACCACGGCCUAUUUUUUGAAAUCCUUAUUAUUUUCAGGAAACUGCCCAAUAUGUUCCACGCAAUCGUUCUUGGAUCAAACAACAAUUGUUCGAAAUGUUCAAAAGUAAAUGUCGUCACCCAGAAGCUGGAGAAAAAUUGAUUGCGGGAUAUUAA